AUGGCUGCACUUGCUUCCAAGCAGCAGUCGCUCAAGAUCUUUGAGAAAUUGAAGACUAAGCCUGCGAACAAGAUCUGCUUCGAUUGCGGUGCCAAAUAUCCAACAUGGACCUCAGUCCCCUUUGGCAUCUACCUCUGCCUCGACUGCUCGUCUAACCACCGAAACCUCGGUGUCCAUAUCUCCUUCGUCCGAUCCACCAACCUCGACCAAUGGCAGUGGGAUCAGCUGCGUGUGAUGAAGGUUGGCGGCAAUGAGUCAGCUACCAAGUUCUUCCAGCAAAAUGGAGGUACUGCUGCCCUCAACAGCAAGGACCCCAAGACCAAGUAUCAGUCCAGCGCUGCCACCAAGUACAAGGACGAGCUGAAGCGCCGCGCGGCAAGAGACGCUCAAGAAUACCCCGGCGAGGUUGUCAUCACCGACGCCACCGACGCCGAUACCUCUACUCCCGCUGGCGAGCCUGACGAUGAUUUCUUCUCAUCCUGGGAUAAGCCCUCCAUCAAGAAGCCUACGCCCCCGAUCUCUCGCACUUCGACUCCCCCGACUGUCGGCCGAACCGCCUCCCCCUUCCUCAACGCCAACAACGGUGCCGGUAAGGAUAUUGCACGAUCCUCCUCGCCCCUGUCCAAAACGGAAGGCGAUAACAAGCCCACUACCGGCCGCGUAACCACCUCUGCUGCCCUGCGCAAGACUACAACCUCCACCGGACCCCGCAAGGCCAACAUCUUGGGAGCUAAGAAGGCCCCCAAGCUUGGGGUCAAGAAGGUCACGGCUGAUAUCAUCGACUUCGACGAGGCCGAGAAGAAGGCCAAGGAAGAGGCGGAGCGCAUCGAGAAGCUUGGCUAUGACCCCGAGGCUGAGGAGGAGAAAAAGGCUGCCAAGGUGGAUGCUGUCGCGGCUCCUACCCCCGCUGCCCCUUCGGGUGGAUACGGAUCAUCCAGCCAUACCCGUCAAAAGUCUGACGCCGAGAUGGAGCGUUUGGGCAUGGGUGUUCGCAAGUUGGGCUUCGGCAUGGUCGGUGGAGCCAAGGGUACCGCCGCAGCGCCCAAGAAGGCUGGAACAGGAGGCUUCGGUUCCGUUGGCCCCAUUAAGGCCAAGACUGAGGAUGAGAGCGAGAACUACGCACGCAGCAAGUUUGGCGCUCAGAAGGGUAUCUCUUCUGACGAGUUCUUCGGCAAGGGCUCCUUCGACCCCAAUCAACAGGCCGAGGCGAAGACUCGUCUACAAGGUUUCGAGGGGGCAACCUCCAUCUCGUCCAACGCAUACUUUGGCCGCCCCGAGGAUGAGCCGCAAGAGGAGUACGGUGACCUCGAGGGCGCCGCCAAGGACUUCAUUCGUAGAUUCGGUAUUACCGCUGGCGACGACUUGGAGAACCUUGGCCAGCUGGCCGGCGAGGCCAGCCAGAAGCUGCAGGGUGCCAUCCGCGCUUACCUCGGAAGCUGA